AUGGGUUUGCUUGGAGCCACUGCAAGUCUUUUGGAUGCUGUCGUUGGACCUGGAGUGACGCUUAUUUAUCCUCUAUAUGCAUCAAUGAGAGCAAUUGAGAGUCCUUCAACACUGGAUGAUCAGCAGUGGUUAACAUAUUGGAUUAUAUACUCAUUGACAACCAUUUUUGAGCUUUCUUGUUGGAAAGUCCUUCAAUGGUUCCCAUUCUGGCCAUACAUCAAGCUAGUAUUCUGUACAUGGCUGGUGUUACCAGUUUUCAAUGGAGCUGCUUACAUUUAUGAGAACUAUGUGAGACAAUAUGUCAAAGUUGUAAGCCCUGUGAGCCAAAAUUAUCCUGAAGGUCAGAGAAGAGUACUUCAGACGAUGAGCCUGGAUGCCAGGAAAUCAGUCGAGAAAUACAUCGAGAAAUAUGGCCCUGAUGCCUUCGAUCGAGUUGUCAAAGCGGCUGAGAAAGAGGUAAAGAGACACUGA